GAUUGAGAGCAAGCCCGCGGCUUCGGAAUGCGCGUGGUGGGCGGAAAAACCGCCCCCGACGGCCGCCUCUUCGCCUACAUCGUGUGGACGGUGCCUGGGGGGCCGGCAGAAAAGGGCGGCCUCCAGCAGGGCGACAAGGUGCUCGAAUGGGGCGGCGUCUCUCUCAUCGACAGAUCCUUCGAAGAGGUGUGCGCCAUAAUGGACAGGACCGGUGAUACGGUGGAGCUGCAAGUGGAGCAUGCCACUGAUUUGAGGAUGUGCGAUCUGCUGGAUGACCCUUUGCCGCCCUCCAGCACGGCUUUGAUGAACAGAAAACCCUCGGACGCUAAUGUCUCCAAUUUGUAUAUCGAACCUGACUCGGAUAAGGCCCCAUCAUCACCGACUAGGCGAAAACUACCAAAAACACCGGUAUAA